AUGUCCGACAACCCCAACCCUGGUAAUUUCGCCAACCGACCUCACGAAGAGGUUGAGAAUAUUGCUCGCAAGGGUGGGCAGUCUAGCCACCAGAGCGGAUUUGCUUCUAUGGAUCCAAACAAGCAGAGGGACAUCGCCUCACAAGGCGGUCAGGCUUCAGGAGGAAGCUUCCAGCCUGGAGACCCGAGAGCUAAGGAAGCAGGCCGGAAAGGAGGUCAAUCAUCUGGGCAGCCUGAUGAGUAG